AUGUCAGAUACUCUCACAGAGGACAAGGUUCUCUUGAGAAUCAAAUACCUCUGGCCCAUUUCCUCCACACACGAAUGGGCUCGCAUUCCCAACGUCCUGGACAUUCUCAUCAUUAACCAGCCCGACGCAGAGCUUUAUAAGUGGCUUGAGGAACUCGAAAAGUCGAAUGCGGAAAUGGAGAACGAGCUUAUCGACCGCCUAGCGUCCGCGCUUGACGGCCAAAAGAGGCUGUACAAAUACACGAAAGACUUGCACGAGAAGACCGUGGGCGACUUCACCAAUGACCUGAACAAAACGGACAAGGGCUUCGAGGAAUGGAAGGCCGUAGUCCUCAACAGCCUCGAGCAAAAGGUCGGACGGUUGGAGCGUCAGAAUCGGGCGCUGGAUUCCGAGCUAACAGACGCAAACCAAUCGCUCAGUCGAGCACGGGAGGAUGUCCAAAGGUUGAAAGUGAAGACAAUCAAUAAAUGA